UCCCCUGUGCUGGCGGUCCCGGCGGCUCUCGGAGCGAACUCACCGAGCAACGCGGCCAGGCUAUGGCCACAGGGGCGCUAUUAUUGCUGCUGGGGGCGCUGGGAACGCCGCUCGCCCCAGGCGUCUGCGGCUCGGAGGCGGAGGGCCGGCUCCGCGAGAAACUUUUCUCAGGCUAUGACAGCUCGGUGCGGCCAGCGCGGGAGGUGGGAGAUCGCGUUGGGGUCAGCAUUGGUCUCACCCUGGCGCAACUCAUCAGCCUGAACGAGAAGGAUGAAGAGAUGAGCACAAAGGUGUACUUAGACCUGGAGUGGACUGACUACAGGCUGAGCUGGGACCCUGCGGAGCACGACGACAUCGAUUCGCUGCGCAUCACGACUGAAUCCGUGUGGUUACCUGACGUGGUGCUGCUGAACAACAAUGACGGAAAUUUUGACGUCGCUCUGGACAUUAACGUCGUGGUGUCCUCCGACGGCUCCGUUCGCUGGCAGCCCCCAGGCAUCUACCGCAGCAGCUGCAGCAUCCAGGUCACCUACUUCCCCUUCGACUGGCAGAAUUGCACUAUGGUGUUCAGUUCCUACAGUUAUGACAGCUCAGAGAUCAGCUUGCAGACAGGCCUGGGUCCUGAUGGGCAAGAGCAGCAGGAAAUCCAAAUUCAUGAAGGGACCUUCAUUGAAAAUGGCCAAUGGGAGAUUAUCCACAAACCCUCUCGGCUAAUCCAGCCUCCAGGGGAUCCUAGGGGAGGGAGGGAAGGACAACAUCAGGAAGUCACCUUCUACCUCAUCAUCCGCCGGAAGCCUCUCUUCUACCUGGUCAAUGUCAUUGCACCCUGCAUCCUCAUCACUCUCCUGGCCAUCUUCGUCUUCUAUCUGCCACCAGAUGCAGGAGAGAAGAUGGGUCUCUCAAUCUUUGCUCUGCUGACCCUUACUGUGUUCCUGCUGCUGCUGGCAGACAAAGUACCUGAGACCUCCUUAUCGGUCCCUAUUAUUAUCAAGUACCUCAUGUUUACCAUGAUCCUCGUCACCUUCUCAGUCAUCCUUAGCGUCGUGGUUCUCAACCUGCACCACCGCUCACCCCACACCCAUCAAAUGCCCCUUUGGGUCCGUCAGAUCUUCAUCCACAAGCUCCCUCUGUACCUGGGUCUGAAGAGGCCCAAACCUGAGAGAGACCAGAUGCCAGAGCCCCCUCACUCUUCUACAGGAAGUGGCUGGGGUAGGGGAACAGAUGAAUAUUUCAUCCGGAAGCCACCAAGUGAUUUUCUAUUCUCCAAACCCAACAGGUUCCAGUCUGAACUGUCUGCCCCGGACAUGCGGCGAUUUAUCGAUGGUCCAAACCGGGCUGUGAGCCUGCCUCCUGAGCUACGGGAAGCCGUUUCCUCUAUCAGCUACAUCGCUCGACAGCUGCAGGAACAGGAGGACCAUGACACGCUUAAGGAGGACUGGCAGUUUGUGGCCAUGGUAGUGGACCGCCUCUUCCUGUGGACCUUUAUCAUCUUCACGAGCGUUGGGACCCUAGUCAUCUUCCUGGACGCCACGUACCAUUUGCCGCCUCCCGACCCCUUUCCUUGAGGACUGGAGGGCCGAGACCCAGGUCCUUGGCCAGUUGAACUGAGAGUUCGGCGGUACAGUUAAGCCCUGUCCCUGCCUCUUAACUCCUUCACUAGGAAUCUGGCCCACUAAUUUCGUUUCUGGGGACUGAGGGCUGGGGAGCCGGGUGCCUUGAACCCACCUGAAAGGUUCUGUUAGCUUACUCUUUGGGUUCUUGAAUAAGCUCCUUUGUGUACAAACACCUAGAUCCCCAAUGAAAUAAACAAGAACUAGAUUGUAAGCCUUGUGAGGGCAGAAAACAUAUCUUGUUCACUGUAGUAUCCCCCAGCACCUCACAUAGGUC